CUACAAUUCCCAUAGUUCCGCGGGUAGGGAUGGAUGAAUGUUGGUUUGGUAACGGACAAAUCCGAGUAACACCGACCGGGUAACGGGCUUCCGCUGACGAGGCUCGACCUCCCCUCACCUCCACUGGGAGUAAAAGGUUGGAGGGGGGCGGUGUGGAUUCAGUCCUCUCCACGACCAAAUGGGCAGUAGCCAUUGCUGUUGUGGGGCCUGAGGUGUGUUGAGCGGCUGGGCCAGCGCUCCCUUCAGCCGGUGUGAGAACUAACUAAAGAGGAAUUGUUACAGUCGUUAACAAUCUGGCUUCUACACUACUUGCUGCUGUCUUCUGACAGCUCCAUCCUCAACUCCUCUGAUAAUGAAGCAACCCAUAUAAGCCUACAGCAGGACCUGGAUCAGACCCAGGCUUGGCCUGGCAAAUGGCAGUCUUGGAAGUUAAAGAAAUUGACUGAAUCUAGCUACAACAUGGACAGGAUUCCUGUAUCAACCAUAGAGCUGAUCUGCUUGGGGUCGAGCUUUGCAUUUUCUGGGUUGUUUUGCUACUUGUAUAGGAAGAAAAGAGCAACAGUGCAGGUGCUAAAGGAAGCCCCAAAAUUUCAGAUCAACAAGCAGUUGGUGGAAUUUCUGAAUGCCACUCCAGGCAAUUGUGUGGAGUAUGCUGUUGUGGAAGGUAUCACUCGACCAGUUGGGGAGAGUCUGCGGAGCCAUUAUCAAGAUGACUGCACUGGGGUAAUGCAGCGUCUCAUUUUGAAAGAGCACAAACUGAUCUGGAACAAUUUGGCUAGGAGUUGGAACGAUAGUGAACGGAUUAUACACCAAAAAGAGAAUGUUGUGCCCUUUGACCUGAUAUCCCCUGAAGGAGGGAAAAGUGCAAUCCGUGUGAUCAACCCACUGGAGGCAUCGGGGCUGCAGUUUGAAACUGUAUAUGAACGAUUUCACCAAGCUGCACAAGGUUUCACCGAUAUCAUUGGGCACUACCUGAGUGGUGAGAAGCCCAAAGGCUUCUUGGAAACUGAAGAGAUAGUCCGUGUUGGAGCCACUUUAACAGGAAUUGGAGAACUUGUUUUGGAUUCUGACAAAAUUAUCAAGCUCCAGCCUCCUAAAGAUGGUUUGGAAUAUUUCUUAAGUACCUUGGACUUACCAAGCAUCCUGAAACAGCAGGAGUCAAGUGUUAAACUUUGGAAGGUGCUCAUGACCAUCUGCACCCUAACUGGCAUUGCAGUGGUCAUGGUUGUCCUGCGCAGGAUGUACCAUGAGUUCAGUGAGAAACAGGAACUAGAAGAAAUGAGGAAGAGCUACGAACGGUUCAAUGAAAGCAGACGUAAGCCAGGUUCGACAGCAGAUGAUGAAAUACCAGAGAAUGCGUGUGUGAUUUGUUUAUCUAAACCACGGGAAUGCGUGUUCCUGACCUGUGGGCAUGUUUGUUGCUGCUACGAUUGUCAUCGGGCUCUUCCCUCACCAAUUUGUCCAAUCUGUAGAAGUUGUAUUGUUAGAGUAGUUCCUCUUUACCAAGCAUGAGAGAGAAUUCCACAUGCAAGCAAAUCUAUCAAGUGCCUUUAAUUGCUGAUCUGCGCCAGAAUGUCAAGCUUUCGUGUUUAUGUAGUGACACCCUCCCAUUGCCAUACCUUCACUUCAACGGUCAAUGGUGUGUUAUUUUCUGAGAUUCCCUCUGGCUUUAGCCACUGCAGCUAGGUUGGGCACUCAGAUUUCUGAAUAUGCGAUCAUAACUGUUAUCAUUCAUAUACUAAUUGACUAUUGACCUUUGUUCAAAAGUGAGGUUCAUCAGUAUUAUCUGAUACAUGUUAUGCAGUCAUCCAGUUAUAGUUAGGACCAAGAAAGACCUAGUCAAGCUAGUUAACCUGCAUGGUAUUGAUAGCAGAUGGAAUUUUUAACAAGACACCCUUGGCCCAUAUGAGACAAACCAUCAUGAGAUAAAUUGGAAACAAUGAACAUCAACAGCUAUUCCCAGCCAAUGUUUCACAGUGUCAUUUUACUUUAACAUGAUGCAAGAAGGCACAUUAAAGCAGAAUGGCAUGCUGGAGUCACUUUGACUUCAGUUGCAGUACGGAUUAGUUCCUUCGCAAUCUACGAUUGUGUCAAUAUGUUGACUUCAAAAACAACUUAAUCAACAUUUUUCCUGCAUUAGAAAAUAUCUUCAUUAAUAAUAAACAGUACGCCUAGUGCCAGGGAGGUGAGACUACAAACAUGAGUGAACGAUUUACCCCCUGUUCUGGCACUCCCAUCAAUCUAUUCUUUAUUUCCCAGCUCCUUCCAGUUUUCUUAUUGUUUUACAAUCAUUCACAAGCAAGAAAUACUAUAAGUGGAAAAGCCAGUGGCAUGAUAAUUUAUAUUGUCAAAGCUGAAUACCUGCAAUUUAUGAUCUUAGUCAUAUAGGUAACAGAAGUUGUCACUGUUAGUACUACUUGGUAUUUUUGCACUGAAAUUGAUGACAUCUCUACCUAGUUCCAUGAUUGCUUUCUACCAUGACAAAAGAGAAUGACGUUUUUCAUUGGCACUGGGAAUGCUGGGAUAGUGCUGUAACUUUCAAAUGUGGCAAAUGGAGGCAAAAAUAGAGAAGGAAAGGAGAGCAAAAGGAUUUGAAGGCCAUGGAGUAACAAGGAAAAAGAAAACUUGAGAUGUGCAGUGGACAGAAGGGGUCCAAUGUUUUUUAAAAUGUGAAAACUGUCUAAUACUUCCCUUAUGAGCAGCUUUUAUGGGCCUGUUUGUGAAUUAUAAUCUUGUACUAGAAGGAGUAAUACUAUGAGGUGAGUUUGUAUUUUCCUGUGUUGUAUGUUAGAUUGACAACAAAUUGCAUCUGGACUGUCAAUUAUUUCCUAGUUAAAUUUAUAUGUAUGAUGACUUAAUUUUGGUUUUGUGAUAGGUCUUUGUUUCCUCAUUUGGUUUAGAUGUUGACAACAGUCUUUAGUGUAAAGCAUCUCCUUACUAUGACUCCUUUUGUCACAAACUAAGAAUUUCCAAAUACAGAUGCUGUAUUUAUAGUUCUGUAAUUUUGAUUUACUUUUAAAUGCACACUGGCUUGGUAACUAUUUUCUCAUCUAAAGAUGCUGCCUCAUUGCCAGUGGCUCCCGUAUAUGAGUUAGUAAUACCUCAUGGUUUGGUUAUAAAACAUUAUAUGAGAAGCCAAAUGAAAUUAUUUUUCAGAGCUGUGUUCUGGUAAUUGUAGCUGAUUUUUAAAAAAACGAUACAAGGCAAUAAUUAUUUUUCUGUUGUAGGAAGUGAACAUAUUAGUAUGUAACAGUUAUUGAGAUAUAUAUGUGGAUGUAUGACAAAGACUAAAUAAAAACAUCUCUACUGAUGACAA